AUGAAUCAGGCUUUCAGAUCACCUUAAAGAAAAUUGGAUGGGCCAAUAGUUAAAUUAAGAAUGAAAAAAAUACUUGAUAUUGGUAAAAUACGAAAAGAGGAAGAAUAAUUUUAAUGCAUGUUAGAUUCAUAUGAAAUAGAUUAAAGUGUUUCCUUUUAGGAUAGAACCUUUUAUAACAGAACUUUCAGAUCUACUUCAAGAAGCAUUAAAAAAAUAGACGAUAAAAAAAUCUCUGAAGAAUACACUUUGUAUGGCUUUUCUCGAAUUAAAACUGAUAGAACGCCUUUAUUAUUGAUGAGUAGAAAAUAAAAAAGAAUACACCCUACAAUUGAUGAGGAUAAGGAUGUUAGCAAUUAAGAAUGGUUUGAAAAAUGCAAGAGAAUGAACCCACCUUAAGCCAAAGCUUAGUUUUAUGAUAAAAUUACUAAUUCAUACAUAUGGUAUGAUGUUACAGUCUUGGACUAUGUCUAAGAGACAAAAAAAUUCUCAGUUUAAAAAUACCCAGAUGGAUAAACAAAAAAUGUUACCAGAUUAUCUAUCUAGUUUUAUAAUUAAAAUUAAGAACUUUUUUAAUAAGCUCAAAAAGAAAAAAUCCAAUUUCGAUCCUUAAAAAAAAUUGAACUUAAAAAAAUUCAAGAUAUAAUAAAUGUUAAUGAUGUGGAAGUAAAUAAACUCCCAGAUCCUUUGAAGUUUAGAUUCAUCAGAAGAUUUUAUUAAAAUGAUCGUUAUGGAUUAUUAUCAAAGCUUUUAGAAGAAGUGAAUUAAAUUUAUACUUUUGAUAUGAAAAAAUGUGUAUUUUAUAAGGAUUUGCAGAAAUACAAAUAAGUUUAUUGCCCUUUGCCAAAGUUUUAAUUUUACUAGAAGUAUUAAUAAUAAAUUGAAAAUAACUAAUCAUUUAUGUAAUAAAUAACAGUAUAAGUCUGGUAAGUAAUGAAUACUAGGUGUUUAAAGUUCAAUUUUUAAGUAAUUGAUUUAAAUGAAUUAUAAUUGCCAGUUCUCAAUUCAGUUUUCUUGGACUAUUGUUAGAAAAAUAUAAAAAAUUAUAUUUAUUAAAUCAAUUUGCAACGAAAAUACAAAAAAUCAGAAAUUUAAGAUGUCUUAUAAAAAAAGUAUAAUUUCUUAGGCAAAGAUUAAAAUGCUCAUUAGUAAAGCCCCUUACAUAGAAUUUUAAGAAGACUUGAUUUAGUUUAUGCUGAUUUUUUAAAACAUUAAUUACUGGUCAACACAGAGGCUAUUCUCAAUAUUUAUAAGAAAUUUAUAUUAAAACCUAAUGAUUAUUAUUUUAUCAAUACAUCUACCUUUUUAGUGUUGGAAUUACAAGUUAAGAUUUUAAAAUAAACAAAGCCAAAAAAGCAAUUAGUGAAGAAGAUGGAAAGAUUAACUAAACAAUCAUUUAGAGAGAAAGAAUAGGAAAUAUAAAAGGAGGAGAUUGAGUAUGAUGAAGAAAUUACUAUAAAUUUAUCUGAAUCUGAAGUUAUUGAACUUUUGACUUUUCCUUAAUAAUAAUUAAUAGAAUAAGUCAGUAAAGUCAAUAAAAUGGAAGGUGAUAUUAUGACAUUAUUAUUGCUAAAAAAUGAGUUAAUUUUAACACCAGAGGAUAUAGAAUAUUAGAAAUAAUAGAUUGAACCAACUAUAGAGUUUAUAAAGUUCGAGUAUCGUAAAUGUGAACAAGAACUCAUCAAAUUAAAAAAAUUUGAAUUUAUUUUGAAGAAAUUCAGAAAUACUGAAGUAAACGAACUCUUAGGAAUACAUACCAAAAGAGUUCCACUAUCUUAAUUAAAUUUUGAUGAUAUAGAUGAAAAGAUCAAAAGUUUAGAAUAAGCAAAAAAGGAAAUAAUCAACAUUUCUUUUGAUUCACUAAAAUUAGGUUUAUUCACUCUGAAAUUAAAAGGAAUUAAAGAAUUUCUCAUUAAUAAAGCUGAAGAAUAAAAAAAAAUGAUAAUGAAUAGAAUUCAUGAAGUUAUUUUAUUCAAUAUAAAGAACAUAGGAGAAUAAUAUGAAGAAGCAUACAAGAAAGGAUCACACAUUCCAGACACAGAAUAAGAAUUAAUAGACUUGAAAUUGAUGCUCGAUGAAAUUAAUGUGCAGUUUGGGAAAUUGCGUUUUGAAAUUAGUUAAAUCAUGAAGUAUGUUAAUAUAUUUGAAGAUAAUUAUUUUGAAUAUGAUAACAAAAUAAUUGAAUCAUAUUACCAUCUCUUAUAUAAACCGAAGGAUAUUACUCAAAUAAUACAUUCAAAUAAGGAUGUAAUUUAGAUUAAGGAGAAGGACUUUUUAAAGCGUUUAAAAUAAGAUGAAUAAGAUUUCAAAGAAACCAUGUAUGAGAUAGCAGAACUAUUUAAUUAAAUUAAAUAAUUUAAUGAUUAUAGUUAAAUUAAGACUUAUCUUCCUUAAGUUAACUCAUUAACUAGAUCAUUCAAUUAUGCUAAGGACUAAAUCAGCAGUUUUAAUAUUCGCUAAUAAAUGCUAUCGAUGCAACUAACUAAUUAGGCUGAAUUAGAUAACAUAAUAUUUUAGUUCAAGCCCUAUGAAAAGUUGUGGACUUUAGUGAGCAAAUUUGAGUCCCAAAAGGAAAAAUGGAUUAGUGGGUCUUUCAAGUCUUUGAUAUAUUAGGAGAUGAUUUGGAAGAUAAAUUAGUUUGCAAGUGAGAUAGGAUCCAUGAGUGCCAAUUUCGAAGGGGAGAAUGAAAAUUUGAAAAAUUUAUUAAAAGGAUUUCGGAAAGCUUUGGAUUCUCUGAAGGACAUUUUAUGGGUAGUAGAGGCCUUGGCAAUUGAGGCAUUUACAAAAAAGCCUUAAUUUUGGAGAGAAUUAUUUAAAGAGUGCAAGAUUAGUAAUUUUGAUCCAAAAGAGGAUUUUCCAUUUUUUGUUUUGUUAAACAGAGGAAUUUUGAAUUAUAAAGAUUAAGUGAUUUAAAUAUCAAUCAGAGCAGAAAAAGGAUGGAAUAUCGAGAAAAGAUUAUAAGAGAUGCAUGAAAAGCUAUGUUAAGUCGUUUUAGAAGUGAGUCCUUAUAGAGAAACAUUUAUUUUUAAGAAUUUAGAUGAAGUAUAAGUUGUUUUGGAUGAAUAAUUCAGUGUAUUGACAAUUCUAAAAGCUUAACCUCAUAUUAAGUUAUCUGUUGGUUAAGCUAAUCAAUUAGAAUAUAAAAUAUUAUUAGUAUAAGAUACUUUAGAUUUUGGAAUGAAGUGUCAAAAAUAAUGGAUGUAUCUAGAUCCAAUUUUUUCAAGUGAAGAUAUUUAAACAAAACUAGUAGAAGAGACUAAGAAUUUUAAAUUAGUUGAUCAAGCAUUUAGGAAUUGCAUGAAAGAAUUUAAGAAGGAAUCUAUUUUGUGGGAAUGUAUUGAUAGUGAUAAAAUGAAAGUUGACUUUAGUAAUGGAGUUUUGAUGUUAGAUUAAAUCUAAAAGAGUUUAACAAUAUAUUUAGAGUAGAAGAGAAUUGUUUUUCCAAGGUUUUAUUUUGUUUCAGAUGAAGAACUAGUUUAGAUUCUAUCAUAGACUAAAGAUCCGACCCAAAUAUAGAAUCAUAUUUACAAAUGUUUUGAAGCUAUGCAUAAAUUAUAGUUCACUGCAUCUAAUGCCAUUACAGGAUUUCAAUCUACUUAGGAGGAGAAGAUUUAAUUAUUCAAAGAUGUUAAGGUUAUGGAAGGGUCGAGGAAAGGAAAUGUUGAAUUAUGGUUGUUAGAUCUAUAAAGUGAGAUGAGAACAGCUAUCAAAAAUUAUUCUUAUUAAACUUUGAUUGAUUUGAUAUCAACCAAAUAGGAAUUUAUUGCGAAAUGGCCUGCUCAAUGCAUUUUAUUGGCAAAUCAUAUAAGAUGGACUCGGAAUACUGAAUCAGCUAUCAGAGGUUAGCAGAAACUAAAUUUGGGAAUAUUUUUUGAAUAAUUAAAUAAAGAGUUGCAUGAAACUGUACAAUUGGUAAGAAAAGAGAAUAGAAUUAUUCCUAAAACUAUUCUAGAGGCCAUGGUUGUCAUGGAGGUGCAUGCAAAAGAUAUAGUACAGUCUUUAUAUAAAUAAAAUGUCUAAACUAUUUUUGAAUUUGCAUGGAUUUCAUAAUUAAGAUAUUAUAAUGAAGAUAACAAAAAUGUUUCAGCUAGAAUGAUAAAUGUAUCUGUUUAAUAUGGAUUUGAGUACUUAGGAAAGGUAACUAGACUAGUAAUGACAUCAUUAACAGAUAGAUGUCAAAGGACACUAUUAGAAGCAUUACAUAUGAAUUAUGGAGGAGCCCCUGAAGGUCCAGCAGGUACCGGAAAAUCAGAGACAGUUAAAGACUUGGCUAAAGCAGUUGGAAUGCCUUGCAUUGUGUUUAAUUGUUCAGAUGGUUUAAAUUAUAUUGCAAUGGGUAAAUUUUUUAAGGGUCUUGCUUCUUCUGGAUCAUGGUGUUGUUUUGAUGAAUUUAAUCGUAUUGAUGCUGAGGUUUUGUCUGUUGUUGCUUAAUAGAUUUACACAAUCUAAAAAGCUAUUAAAGAGGAGAAGACUAAUUUUAUAUUUGAAGGCGAAAAUGUUCAAUUAAUUAAAACUUGUGCUAUAAAUGUCACAAUGAAUCCUGGAUAUGCAGGAAGAACUGAAUUGCCAGAUAACUUAAAAAUCUUAUUCAGACCUUGUGCUAUGAUGGUACCUGAUUAUGCAAUGAUAGCUGAAAUCUAUUUAUAUAGUAUUGGUUUUUAGAAAGCAAGAGAAUUAAGUAGUAAAAUAGUGACAUGUUUAAAACUAUGCAAUGAAUAAUUAUCUAGCUAAGAACAUUAUGAUUUCGGUAUGAGAACCUUGAAAGCUGUCUUAAAUUCUGCUAAAUCUAUGUUUAAUGAAAUUGAAGAGGAAAUAUGUUUAAAUGCUUUGAUCAAUGUUAAUAAACCUAAAUUUACUGAUAGUGAUCUCAUGUUGUUUAUGGCCAUAACAUAAGACCUCUUUCCAGGAAUUUAAUUAGCCGAAGGAGAAGAAUUAUCAAAUUUAUAUGAUGGAUGUUAGGAGUUGGACUUAUAAAUGGAUGCCGAAUUCAUUGAAAAAUGCAUCUAAUUGAACAAUAACAUCAAUGUCAGAAAUGGAGUUAUGUGUAUAGGUUAAGCAUGUGCUGGAAAAACUUCCGUAUUAUAAACACUCAGUAAAAGUUAAGAUGCUCUUAUUUUGAAAUUAAAUCCCAAGUCCAUAACAAGUGAUUAGCUCUAUGGAAAGCUCGACCCUGAAACAAAAUAGUGGUCAGAUGGAGUUGCACCUAUAUUAAUUCGAGAUAAUAUUGAUAAACGAUAAAAAGUUUGGAUAAUGUUUGACGGUCCUGUAGAUUCUAUUUGGAUCGAAAAUUUGAACACUGUUUUGGAUGAUAAUAAAAAGUUAUGUUUGACAUCAGGCGAAAUUCUAAAAAUACCUGAUACAAUGUGUAUGCUCUUUGAAAUAGAAGACUUGAAGGCUGCUUCUCCAGCAACAGUAUCAAGAUGUGGGAUGGUAUAUUUUUUACCCGUAAAUUGGUAUCUCAUCGUUUAAUCUAUCUAAUUACCAAAAGGAUUUGAUAAAGAUUAUACAAUUAGAAGAAUCAGAUUUUUUUUAGAUAACACAAUAGCCUGGGUUAAGUCUAAACAUCAUGUUUUUAUACUUUAUGAUUCCAUUAAUAUAUUAACAUGUAGUUUUCUUAGGUUGCUAUCCAAGUACCUAACUGAAGACUUAAUUUAAAAAAAUAAUGAUAAUAUCAUUAUAUUUUGUUUGAUUUGGUCAUUUGGAGCAGCUAUGGAUGAAUAAAUUAGACCAUAGUUUAAUUUAUUUUUGAAUAAUUUGAUAGAAACUAAGAUCUCUAAUUUAUAAACUUAAUUUCCAGCUGAUUCUUAGCUGGAAUUAUAAAUAGAAGUUUAAGAUGACUAUUUUUCAUAUUGUUUUUACCAAGGAAAAUGGGUUAAAUGGAGUGAUACAUAAGCUCCUUAAAAAAUACAAGUAUCUAUGCAAUUUCAUGAGAUUUUUGCAUAAACAGCAGAGACCAUUAGAAAUGAUUACUUCUGUUAGUUAGGCUUACAUUUUUUGUUUGCAGGUCCUACUGGUACUGGUAAGUCUUUAUCAAUGAAUAAAUAUCAAUAAUUCUUAAUUACUUGUUCUGGGUAGACUACUGCUAAUGUAUUAUAAAGAUUGAUAGAAACAAAAAUCAAUAAGAGAAGAAAGAAAGGGCAUUAUUACGCAGAAGAAGGGUAAAUCAGAAUAUUUGUAGAUGACUUAAAUAUGCCCUACAGAGAACCUGAAGGAUCAGUUCCAGCAGUAGAAUUAUUAAGGUAAUGGAUGGAAAUGAAUGGAUGGUAUGAUUUAGAAACUAAAGAAUUCAAAUACAUUUGUGAUAUAACAUUUUUAGGAGCAAUUCAUCCUGUAGAAAGGAACUAGAUUACUUUAAGAUAUUUAAGAUUUUUUAAUCUUUUAUAUAUAGGUGGAUUUAACCAACAAAGUUUAACAACUAUGUUGAAUGUCUUCGGCGAAUGGUUAAUAAUGAAUUAGGUAGAAGAAAUAAGAGAUUUAAAAAAUAAAUUGGUUGAGAAAACAAUCAAUCUUUAUUCAAAUGUUUAGAAAUCGUUAUUACCAACUCCUUAGAAAUCUCAUUACAUAUAUAAUUUAAGAGAUAUAUUUAAGAUAUUUGAAGGAAUCAGUAAGGUUAAAGUCAUUGAAAAUUCAAUUCAUUUAUUUAAAUUAUGGGCUCAUGAAUGCUUUAGAGUAUUUAGUGAUAGACUGAUUGAUGAGGAAGAUCAAAAUAAAUUCGAAUAGCUUAUAUAGGAUAGUCUUAUAAAAUUAGGAUAAGAGUAAAUUCAAGUCCAUAAUCUAGUUUUUUCAUCGUGUUUAAAUAAACAAUAUGAAGAAGUGUAUGAUAUAUCCAAAUUAAGAGAAAAGUUAAACAUGAUUUUAGAUAAAUUUAAUUCACUUGAUUCACAGAGUAGACUUCAAUUAAUCUUUUUUGACAUGGCCAUCAUUCACAUUAUCAGGAUUGUUCGUAUUUUAUCUAAUAUUUAUGGUCAUGUUUUGAUGAUAGGGAUGGGUGGAACAGGGAGAUCUUCAUUAAGUAAAAUAGCUAAUUUCAUUGUAUUUAAUAAGUCCCUAAGAACUAUAGAUUCUAGAUCUUGGAAUGAUCAAUUAUUAAUCUAAUUAAAAGAAACUGGAUUAGAAAAUGAAUAGAAUACAAUUCUAUUUAAUGAUUCUCAAUUUUAAUCAGAAUAUAUGUUAGAAGAUGUAUGUAAUUUAAUGAGUCAUGGUGAAGUAUCACAUUUAUUUCCUCCUGAGGAAAGGAUCAAAAUAUAAGAAACCACAACGUAUAGUUAAUUUGUUAAAAAUUGUAAAUUAAAUAUUCAUGUUGUUUUGUGUAUGUAGCCAGUAGGAUCUCUAUAUAGAAAAAGAUUACGCACUUUUCCAACUAUCAUCAAUUGUACAACUAUAGAUUGGUUUUCAUCUUGGCCUUAAGAUGCCCUGGAAUCAACUGCAGAGCAAUUCUUACCGAAAUAACUCGUUAAGAUGGGUGUGGAAGUUCACUAUAAGAUUCUUUAAAUUACUGAAAGGUUUAAGUAAGAAUUAAGAAGGUAUUUCUAUGUGACUCCAACUCAAUAUUUGCAAAUGCUUUAUACCUUUUAAAUUAUUCAGGAAUAGAAAAUGGGAUAAUCUUAAGUAUUUAUUGAAAAAUUUGAGAAUGGAGUUGAACAAAUCAAAAAAGCUGAAAAUGAUGUAGAUAGAAUCAAAGCUAAAUUAUUUGAAUUAUAACCAAAAUUAUAAAAGGCAAAUGAAGAUAAUACCCAACUGCUCAUUAAGAUUCAAAAGAGAUAAGAAGAAGCAGAUAGGAAAAAGUAAGCAUGUGAAUAUGAAGAGAAAUUAUGUCUAAUAUAAAGUGAGGAGGCAAACCAAUUGAGAAACGGUUGUUAAUAAGCAUUAGAUAAUGUGCUUCCAUUAUUAACUUAAGCUACUGAAGCAUUAGAAAGAAUUACUAAAGAUGAUAUGAUAUUAUUGAAGUCAUUCACAAAUCCACCAGUCUCUGCAGCUAUUGUUAUGGAAGGUUUAUCAUAUGCAUUUGAAGAGGAUCAUUUAGUGAAAAGCAAAAACAAAGAACCCCCUGUCUUAUAAGAUUAUUGGGAUUAUGCCAAGAAGUGCUUAUUGAAUGAUAAACUUAUUAAGAGAAUUAAAAGCUUAAAGUUAGAGUAGAUUAGAUCAAUAUCUUUGAAGAAUAUCUAAAAGUUAUAGAUUUUUGCUAAAAAUCCCUUAUUUGAAAAGGAUAGAGUAUUCAACGCAUCAAAGGCAGCAGGGAAUCUAGCACUUUGGAUAAGAGCAGUUCUGGAAUCCUAUAUGGCAGUUGAAAUAAUAGAACCAAAGAAGGCAGAGUUAAAGUAAGCUGAAGAAAAAUUGCAAUAGGCUGAAGAACUUGUCUAAGAAAAGAAAAAUGCUUUGGAGGUUGUAUUGGAAGAGUUACACAAUUAUUAAAUAGAAUAUAAUAGGGCUAAGGCAGAAAAAGAAAGAAUAGAAGAGCAAGUUGUUACUAUCAGUUCUUAAUUGUAGAGAGCAGAACAAUUAAUUGCAAAUUUAAGUGAAGAAAAGUCAAGAUGGUAAUUAAAAGCAUAACAAUAUAAAGAUAGCUAAAAGUAUAUUAUAGGUGAUUGCAUGCUUAAUUCAGCCAUUAUUGCUUAUUUAGGAGUAUUUCCUAUACAGUAUAGAGAAAUUUGCUUAGACUAUUGGAAAUCUAGAUUGUAGGAAUAUGAUGUCUAAAUCUCAAGCCAUUAUUCAUUACAAAAUCAGUUAAGUGAUCCUGUACAAAUAAACAGAUGGCUUCAAUAGAAAUUACCUAAUGAUUAAUUUAGUAUUGAUAAUGCCAUCAUUAUGAAAUAAUCAACAAGGUGGCCACUAAUGAUAGACCCAUAACUCUAAGCAAAUGAGUGGAUCAAGAAUAUGGAAAAUCAAAAAAGCUUAAUCAUAUUUAAUGCUAUGUGGCCAAUCAAUUAGAUAUAACUAUAACUUCAACAUGCUAUUUAAAUUGGUUACGCUGUUUUAUUAGAGAAUGCAGGAUAAACCCUGGAUCCAUUGUAUGAAUAAAUAUUACAAUUCAACUAAUAAAGAGGACAAAGGAAUUUAUAUAUCAAGUUUGGUGAUAAGAUGAUAGAAUAUUCUAGUGACUUUAGAUUUUAUAUCACAACUAAACUAUCGAAUCCUCAUUAUCAGCCUUAAGUUUGUGUAGUAGUGACCAUGCUCAAUUUUUAGGUUACUUAAGAAGGAUUGAUAGAUUAAAUGUUGAAUAUCGUUGUUAAAAUUGACGAACCUUUGAAAGAUGAAUAGAGGAAUAAAAACAUUUCUUAAUAUGUGAUUAAUAAGAAUAAGUAAAUACAAACUGAAAAUCUAAUCUUAAAAUUAUUAUCUGAAGCCUCAGGGGAUCUCUUAGAAAAUGAAGUUCUAAUCAAGACUUUAUAGUAGUCAAAAGAUGAUGCUUUCGAAAUUGAAUAGAGGUUAUAGAAAUUGGAACAUGAUCAAUUACUUUUCAAUUAAAUUAAGUCAUUUUACAAUCAAGUUGGUGAACUAGUUUCAAAUAUCUACUUUAUUGUAAAUGACUUAUCCAUAAUUGAACCAACCUACUUGUGGUCAUUGGAAUUUUACAUCUAAUAAUAUUAGAGAUCAAUUAAGGAGGCCUAAUUUGGCAAAUAGAAAAGAGUGUAAAAUAUCAUAGAGAGAUUUCUUCAUCACAUUUACACAACCAUAAAUCGAUCAUUAUUGGAUAAAGAUAAAUUCAUAUUUAGAUUUCUGUUUUGUUUAAAAGUACUAAACAUACCAAUAGAAUAAAUUAGAACUUGCGUUAUUGGUCCCUCGAUAACUUAAACUGAUUUAAAAAUGCCCAAACAUUAUGAUUGGUUGACACCAAAGAUGUGGUUAGGUUUGGUUGAUUUAAUGGAGAAGUAUCCUAAGGAUUUUGGAUGGUUGAAUUAAGACAUGGAAGAAAAUCAUCAAUUUUGGGACGGGUACUUUUAUAGUUAAUAAUCAUAUAAAAUACAAAUACCUUAGAUUGUAAAUUAAUUCAAUUCUUUGAUGUUGAUAAAGAUUAUAAAACCUGAACAAUUUAUUAAUAGUUUCAAUGAGUUGGUAAGAACCUUAAUGGGUAAGCAAUUCUUAGAGAAUAUCCCAUUUACAUUUGAAUAGUUCUAUUAAGAGUCCACUCCCACAACACCCUUAUUAUGUUUAAUCUAACCAGGCAGUGAUGCAAGAUAAGAAAUAAUAUAGUUGGCAGAAAAAUUAGGAUACUAAGAUCAUAUCUAUACGGUGUCUUUAGGGUAAGGUUAAAUAUAGUUGGCGUUGAAAUUGAUAAAGAGUGGUUUGCAUUAAGGUAAGUGGGUUUUAUUAUAAAAUUGUCACGUUGCCCAAUCCUUUAUGCCAGAGUUAGAGCAGUUAUUUGAAAAUCAAUUUAAAGGUCAGCAUAUAAAUAAGGAAUUCCGAUUAUGGUUAACAAGUCAACCUACAAAUUUAUUUCCACAUAAUGUUUUACUAAAAACAUUGAAAUUGACAUAUGAAUUGCCAAGAGGUUUAAAGAACAAUAUGUUAAGAUCAUAUUUCCAAUAAGACUAAGAGAAAUUUGAAUAAUGUAAGAAAUAAGACGAAUGGAAGAAUUUAUUCUUUUCUUUGACUUUAUUUCAUGCAUGUAUUUUGGAAAGAAGAAAAUAUGGUCCUUUGGGAUGGAAUGUGAGUUACAAUUUCUCAUAACAUGAUCUCGAAAUAUCAAAAGAAUAAAUUCUCUACAUUCUGAAUCAUCAAAAUGAAAUUUAAUGGGAUGCAUUACAAUAUUUAGUUGCUGAAUCAAAUUAUGGUGGUCGAGUGACAGAUCCUUAGGAUAGAAAACUGUUGAAUAUACUGGUACAUGAAUUCUUAAAUGAACACACAGCUAAAGUAGGGUAUGUGUUUAGUGAAUAUGUUAAAAUACCAGAAUCUAAUAAUAUACUUGGAUAUAUUAACUAUAUUCAAACUUUGCCAAUUGAAGACCCUCCAUAACUUUUUGGUUUACAUUCAAAUGCUGAAAUAUAUUGCUCAAUUUUAUAAGUUGAUCACAUCAGUUAAGAAAUCUUGUAGGUCUUACCAAGAGCAAUUGGAGCACAACAAAAUACUGAUUAUAUUUCCAAGCAAAAAUGCAAAGAAAUCAUUGAUUUAUUGCCAUAACAAUUCAAUCUUGUAGAAUUGGAAUAAAAGUAUCCCAUUUUAUCGAAGAAUUCUUUGAAUACUGUACUACAAUAAGAUGUUGGUAGAUAUAACAAACUAUUGCGUACAAUAAAUUCAUCUUUGUCUAAUCUUAUUAAAUAGAUAGAUGGAUAUAUUAAUAUGUCUGAUGAUUCCUAAGACAUUCUUGGAAAUAUUAUGGAUAACAAAGUCCCUAAUGAAUGGUUGAAACACUCAUAUUAGACAACGAAACCAUUAGCAACAUAUAUCCAAGAUUUAUUAGAUAGAGUAGCCUUUAUUCGAAAAUGGAUCAUCCAAGGAGAACCAAUCAUAUAUUGGUUAGGUGGUCUGUUUUUUAUACAAAGUUUUUUAACUGGAAUUCUACAAAACUAUGCUAGAAAACAUUAGAUACCAAUUGAUGAAGUUAAAUUUGACUAUGAAUUCCAUUAGAAUAAACCAACAUAGAAGCCUGAAGAUGGAUUUUACGUUGAAGGCAUUUAUAUUGAUGGUGCUAAAUUUGAUUUUAAGACUAAUUCAAUCGAAGAACCUGAAAAUCUAAUACUUUACUACAACUCUCCUAUCAUACACUUUAAACCUACUUUAGAAUAAUAGAUAUUACAGAACUAUGCAUGUCCAUUAUACAACACAGUUUAGAGAAGAGGAAAUGUGACUAGCACUGGAGGAUCAGCCAAUUUCAUUUGUAAUAUUAGAGUACCAAUCCGCCAAUCUGAUAGCCAUUGGACAAAAAGAGGAGUAGCCAUGAUUCUAUAAUUAAAUUGA